AUGGGUUGGCAAGACGAGGUCCUGUCGAGCCUGAAGGAGCGAGACAGGGGUGAGAAGGCGCUUGCAAAGUUGAUCGAGCACAACCAGAGAUGGAUCCAGCAAGCACUCGCCUGCAAGGACAGACAUGCCAGUCUGCUCCGGUCUGCCAAUCUCGGUCCUACCGUCGUCUCUCACGCGGUGCCCAUCGUGGGACAAAGGACGACAUCCAUGUCGAGCAAUGCCAGCAGUGGCGGGCAAUCCCAUGAAGAGGGCGCCAUCUCAAAGGCUUACACUGCCUCGCUCGAGAAUCAGAUCGCCACCUUGCGCGAGGAACUGUCGUCACUGUACAAGAUACAGUCCCAGAACGCUCAGCGACUGCUCACCCUCACCGAGAACUUGCGCGAGAAAGAGGAUACAGGCAAAGAGGCAGAAGAGAGAGUGAGGACGCUCAAGGCCGACGGAGAUCGACUGAAGCGCAAGGCAGAAGAAGCCCGCGGCGUCACGAAGGAGCGCGAGAAGAACAUCCAGUUCUUGCAAGAUGAGCUCGCCACAUUGCAACUCGAGUACAGUCAGCUCGAGAAACGCAAUGACGCCCUGAGUAGAGACAACGCUGCUCUGCUCAAGCGAUGGCUCGACAAGAUGAACGAUGAAGCCAAUGCUGCCAAUGCUCGCUUUCUCGAAGAAGUCAAUCGCAAAGAAUCUCACGAUACCCAAGCCAUCUCACCCAAGCCGCAGACCGCUCAACCGCAACCGCAAGAGGCCGCCGUCUGA